GCCUCUCAUCCUGGACCUCUCCAAUGAGGCUCGUCCACCUGAGAUGAUGAGCGACGACGUGCCGAUACCGAGGCCGAGCCCACAGUCCCGAGCCCCAACUAGCCCUUGGUAGCAGCCAGAGCUAUGUCUCUGACGACAAUGUCGAGCUCGAUGAUUAAUGGAUUACUGUAUUGGCAUACUUGGUGUACCUUGCCCUUCUUAGAGAGAUGCAAUGGGUCGAGCGGUCUAUCCUUCCUCUGCGUGCUUCCCCUCUUGCACUUCCAGUCUCCAUCGUGGUGAAGCUAAGUCUUGAUAUCAGGCAUGAUGGAAACACCCGAGAACAAGACAUACGGACACAAUUCAUCACCCAAGAUGGACCACACAUACGGAAAGCGACAGUCUCGCUCGCUCGCCCUCGGCGGGCUGAUGUGCCUUGUGGUGCUACUGGUCGUCGGCAUCGUCAUCGAGAACCCUUGGAGGCGCGUCUACGAAUCCGAGGGUGAAACGGGCAACAUAUGGGAUACCCCUCGCCCUGCCCACCCCGAAUCUCCCGUUCCUGAGGGUCAGCUGUCCAUGGCGAGCGAGGACGUCCCGGAGGGCCUGGUCGUCCAGGAACAGGAAGGGCGGCUCCAUGCCCGCAGGAACAUCGACGAGGAGCCGAUGGUCGAGCCUGACGCGGCCGUCGAGGAGGAACAGCGGCCUCCUCCGUUCAAGCUGCCCAUCAUCCCCAUCCUCCCCCUCCCGACGGACAUCAUCGACCUCCCCAUCAAGAUCCCGACGCACAUCUCAGACAUCCUCGGCGACCUGCCGCUGCCCACCCUCCCCAAGGACCCAAACGACAUCAUCGACGUCCUGCCCACCGAGCCAGGCGACAUAAUCAGCGGCAUCCCCAUCCCCACGGUCCCUCCCAUUCCUGUUCCCACGCUGCCAAUUCCCACACUGCCCAUCCCCGUGCUACCAGUCCCAACCAAAGCCCCAACGCAGCCCCCAGGCAACAGACCACCAUCAACCCGCACGGAGGACGACAACCCGUUCCCGCUGCCCACGGUCGUCCUCCCCCCCAGCAAGCCCAGGGACCCGGGCGACGGCUUCGGCCUCCCGGAGAUCAUCGCGAUCCCCCACAAGAUCCUGGGCCUGCUGCACCAGGCCGUCAGCCAGCUCAGCAACGACCCGAACCUGCCGCGGCCGGUCCGCGACAUGCUGCGGCUGAUCCAGCGCAUCAUCGAGCGCGUGGCGGGCGGGCCCGCCGUCCCCAGGCCGCCCAAGAAGCCCAAGCCCACCGUCUCGCUGCCGCUGCCGCUGCCGCUGCCGACCGGGACCGAGAUCCCCAUCCCCAUCCCCACGCUGCCCACCGACCUGACCACCCUGCUGCCGCCGCCGCCCGAGGCCACCCGCUCCCGGCGCUCGCCGCUACUGCCUCCCCCGCGGCCGACGCUGACCCUGCCCCCGCGGGCGAGGAGGGCUGCGGCGGCGCGCGGCGCCGGCGCCGGCGGCCCCGAGGGGCGGCUGAGCGACGGGGAGCGCAGGCAGCUCAAGGGUGCCGUGAGCGACGAGAUCUGGUCCUCGGUGAACUGGAGCAACCCGAUCCUCGCGCCUCUGACUGCGGCUGCGGCUCUGCUUGCGUUCGACUCGGUGUACCGGGUUGCGGAGGCGUUCAAGGAGGCGGGGGAUGAGGGUGGAAGGGAGGAGUUGUUGGGGUUGCUGGUGGUUGUUGAUGACGAUGAGGUUGGUGAUGAGGAGGCCAUGACUUGA